CACAUCCCGUUCCGUCACACACACACACAUACAGUCAGUCACACACACAUACAUAGCGGGACAGUCGAGAAGACGGAGGUCAGCUACAGCUAACUGUUCUCUCCACAUUUUACACCAAAAAAAGCAUAACCAUGGGGAAGGGAUGCAUCACAGCAACCAAGUACUUCCUGUUCCUGUUCAACCUCAUCUUCUUUAUCUUCGGAGCAUUGAUCAUGGGCUUUGGACUGUGGGUCCUUCUGGAUAACCAGAGCUUCAUCGCUGUUCUACAGGAGGAGUCCACCACUCUGAAGGUAGCGUCCUAUAUUCUGAUCACUGUGGGGUCUCUCUCCAUGGUCAUGGGCUUCCUGGGCUGUAUAGGAGCCAUCUACGAGAUACGCUGCAUGCUGGGCCUGUACUUUACCUGCCUCCUGCUCAUCCUCAUCGCCCAGGUUACGGCUGGGGUACUCAUCUACUUCCAGAGAGACAGGCUGCAGCAGGAGAUGUCCACCAUCGUCAAGGGGAUGCUGGUCAACUACACUGGUCAGAACAGGACCACAGAACACUCCUGGGACUACAUACAGAGGACGAUGAAGUGUUGUGGUUGGAUGGGUCCAAGUAACUGGUUGGAGAACGUGUGGAUCGGGAACAGUUCCGACUCCCUGUAUUCCUGCUCCUGUCGAAAUGAAACCCUGCCCGGGACAGAUGUCAAGGAGACUGGGCUCUGUGAACACCUCUCUGCUGACCUGCCAGUAUACCAAACGGGCUGCAUGCAUAGUGUGGAGGGCUGGCUCUUGGAGAACUGUGGAGUUAUUCUUGGAAUCUGUGUCGGGGUGGCAGUCGUAGAGCUCCUAGGUAUGAUCCUGUCCAUGUGUCUCUGUAAGAGUGUUGUUCAAGAGGACUACUCCAAAGUACCCAAGUACUGACUAUGAAGAGAGCCAAACGUCCUACACACACACACACACACACACACACAUGCAUUACAUAGACACACUCGCACAGUGAAAAACUGAAACAAACAGCUGUCUAAAACCAUUCACCCUCCCCUAGCCUGACAACUGACCAGGUCUGAAACCAUUCACCCUCACCUAGCCUGACAACUGACCAGGUCUGUCACCCUGUCUGAAACCAUUCACCCUCCCCUCCCCUGACAACUGACCAGGUCUAAAACCAUUCACCCUCCCCUAGCCUGACAACUGACCAGGUCUAAAACCAUUCACCCUCCCCUAGCCUGACAACUGACCAGGUCUAAAACCAUUCACCCUCCCCUCCCCUGACAACUGACCAGGUCCCUCUCCCUGUCUUUAGUCACACACCUUUCAAUCAAGCACAACAAAUGGACCUGCAGCUUUUUUUGUAGUCUGAAUAGCAGUUUGUUCGGGCUAUCAAGCCAACGCCCGGUCACUCAUCGUCAGGCCAAACACAACUGGCCAAUGACAGCAGUGGAGUUGGCAAAGGUACAAACAGAUCUGGAACCAGUGCUCACACAUGACAGUGGGCCACACACACACAUCGUUGUUGUCUAAUUAUUUUUUAAGUGACAUACAUUAUGUUUUUAGAAGUAACUCAGAUUUAGGGACCGUAAUUAAUUGAUGAAUGGUUUUAGGUUAUGAAUUCAGCUUUGGGAUAUUAUGGAGUCUUAUGGAGCCAUUAUGAUGCGAGGUUCAGCUUAAUGCCCUUCUUCGAUACUCAAACAAACACCUGUACGUCCUUCUGUUCAGUUCUGUUCUAUUCCUGAAGCGCUUAUCGUUGGUAGUCCGUUAGCUAGCUAGAUAGCUAGCUCGAUCUUUGUGAGAGCACUUAAGUGACGUUUUGUGAGCUGUUGAUCAGUGUGACAGAGAGACCUGGGCCUGUGCUGAUCAAGGAUCAGGUAUCCCCUUUCCAUUAUGAUCAAUUCAUUAUAAUCUAAAAGGAAAAAAACGGGGACCUAUACCAGGGGUUAGGCUGCUGGGGACCUAUACCAGGGGUUAGGCUGCUGGGGACCUAUACCAGGGGUUAGGCUGCUGGGGACCUAUACCAGGGGUUAGGCUGCUGGGGACCUAUACCAGGGGUUAGGCUGCUGGGGACCUAUACCAGGGGUUAGGCUGCUGGGGACCUAUACCAGGGGUUAGGCUGCUGGGGACCUAUACCAGGGGUUAGGCUGCUGGGGACCUAUACCAGGGGUUAGGCUGCUGGGGUAAUUUUUCUUCUUGUUUUUCAUCAGUCUCUCCACUGAGGCCCUAAUAGCUCCUCUCUUCACCUCCUCCUCCUCCUCUCUCUUUCCCUGCCUUUUCUCCAUCUCUCUCACAGGUGUGUCUGGUCUAUGAAAAAUGACUAGCUACCAAGAUGAAUUAAUAGUUUUGCAUGAAGUAUGUUAUAUACUGUAUGAUGUUAUAUACUGUAUGAUGUUAUAUACUGUAUGAUGUUAUAUACUGUAUGAUGUUAUUAUACUGUAUGAUGUUAUUAUACUGUAUGAUGUUAUUAUACUGUAUGAUGUUUUUGUGUUUGUGUUUUACGUUCUUUUAAUUAUUCUCCUCCUUUUUUUCAUGUUUAAAACAAUUAUUGUACAUAAGACUUAAGAAAGGGCUAAAUAAGUGAUCGUGUGAGUCACUGAGCUUGGUCAGCGUUUUGUAUGGGAAAGAAAGCGGUCGCCUUAGCCCGCCCGCCUGCUCAGUUUUCAGAAUGCUAUUGUUUUUUGUUUCCACUCUUAUUCGUACAUCCCAAAUGGCACCCUAUUCCCUAUAUAAUGCACUACUUUUGACCAGAGCCCUGCGUAUUCCCUAUGGGGUCCUGGUCAAAAGUAGUACACUUUAUAGGGAAUAGGGCACCAUUUGGGCCACAGAUUUUGUCUCUUAUUGUUAUUAUGGUGUCGCUACAGACUCUGGCCAGCAGGUGUCGCUACAGACUCUGGCCAGCAGGUGUCGCUACAGACUCUGGCCAGCAGGUGUCGCUACAGACUCUGGCCAGCAGGUGUCGCUACAGACUCUGGCCAGCAGGUGUCGCUACAGACUCUGGCCAGCAGGUGUCGCUACAGACUGGCCAGCAGGUGUCGCUACAGACUCUGGCCAGCAGGUGUCGCUACAGACGCUGGCCAGCAGGUGUCGCUACAGACUCUGGCCAGCAGGUGUCGCUACAGACUCUGGCCAGCAAGUGUCGCUACAGACUCUGGCCAGCAGGUGUCGCUACAGACUCUGGCCAGCAGGUGUCGCUACAGACUCUGGCCAGCAGGUGUCGCUACAGACUCUGGCCAGCAGGUGUCGAUACAGACUCUGGCCAGCAGGUGUCGCUACAGACUCUUGCCAGCAGGUGUCGCUACAGACUCUGGCCAGCAGGUGUAGAUACAGACUCUGGCCAGCAGGUGUUGCUACAGACUCUGGCCAGCAGGUGUCGAUACAGACUCUGGCCAGCAGGUGUCGCUACAGACUCUGGCCAGCAGGUGUAGAUACAGACUCUGGCCAGCAGGUGUCGCUACAGACUCUGGCCAGCAGGUGUAGCAGCAGACUCUGGCCAGCAGGUGACGCUAGCAGCACUGCUAUCAACCACUGUCUGGGGACGAGACAUCAGAGGAAAAUGGGAGCCAGAAUGAGACUGAGACUGUUAGUCCCCUUAGGUCUCUGUGUCAGCCCUUCCACACAAUCCUCACCAUUGAGUACUAAACUUUGGGAAAGAUUGCUGCUGUUGUAGUUUUUCUCCCAAAGUUAAGUCCUCAAGUCCCAUUAUGCAAUUCAUGAUUGUUGUCAUUCAAGUUAAUGAGGCAACAUUUCUAAUUUCAGUGUUUCUCAUGUAGUUACACAUCAGUGGAUGUUAAAACAUAUCCAAGAGCUCUGAAAGAUCUUCUUAUGUACUACCUUUCAGAACAUAACUUAAAUGGAGAUGAAGGCUUUUUAUUGUGUGUUCAAAGUUUUUUACUCAUUACAGAAAUUCUAAACUCACGUAUUUUUUUGUAUGUUAUGUGUAGGGGAAUAUUUUCCUGGAUUUAGAAGCCAUGUUAAAAAAAAUAGUGUUGUGAAUUUAUAUUCAGUAAUAAACUGAAUCCGUCACAAUC